AUGCACAGAUUUUAUUUUCAGGCUUGCAACCCUUUAACAGGACCACCAGAACAACAUGGACCGGAUGGAAAUGUGAUGAAGAAUCAGUUGGAGACGAAGCUCGUCGAUAAGAACGGAGUUCCAUUGAUCUUUGCAUUGAAUCUUCCUAUUUGUCGAUACAAAAAAUUUCGUUGUAGCAUCUGUUUCGUUCCACAGAAUAAUGGUGGA